CCCCGGCACUGCUUAUUCGUCGUCCCCCGAGACACGCGGUCUGUUCGUCGCAUUUCGUCGUUCGGUUUUGAUUUUCGACUAUUUCUCGUCCCGGCGUUUUCCUCUUCGAGUUUUUCUUUUUCCCACCGUUUUCCUUCUCCUUCGAUUUCUCCCUUCCCCGUACAGCCGAAAAACCGUGUUUACCGACCAUCAAACGCCAUCGUAACAUCCCUCUCCUCGACCCCGACGGCGUUCUUGUGCACGGUGUCGUAUAUCUCAUUACGUAUUACCUACGUUACAUCAUUGUUGCUAUGUCAAUAUCGAUGCGCGCCGCUGACCGCCGACGACGAUAAAAAAUGGAACGCGCGACUCGAGCGUGAGGGAGAGAUACGUGUGCACCGAAGUGUUAGCUUUCGCAUCCUGUUAAAAAUGUCAACCAACACUAGUGGAAAAAGAUCAAAAACUCAAGGAGCUACACCAUUAAUAUUGUCACCGGCUGAUAUCGAAAAUGAAGGUGAUGUUAAGGAUGAAACUUACACGUCCGAGAAAAACAGAAAUUCUGGAUAUGAAACGAAUUUAUACCUAUACUCCGAAGAAAUGGACGACCGGCCGCGAGUGCCCACCUUUCUCAAUUCGAUCGCCGACUACUCGAACACUAUCCCGAACCUGGCGGAUGCUGAUACCAAGUCCACCACCGCCAAACAAGGAUCGUCCAGGAUGGGCACGUUGGUCGGCGUGUACCUUCCGUGCGUACAGAACAUCUUCGGUGUCAUACUGUUCAUCCGGUUGUCAUGGGUGGUCGGCACGGCAGGCGUCAUCUAUGGGUUCGGAAUCGUGUUUACCUGUUGCUGCGUGACAAUGUUAACCGCUAUAUCGAUGAGUGCAAUAGCCACGAACGGCGUGGUGCCGGCUGGCGGGCCGUACUUCUUGAUAUCCAGGUCUCUAGGUCCUGAGUGCGGGGGAGCUGUCGGUAUGCUCUUUUACACCGGUAUAACUCUAGCCGCGUCCAUGUACAUCAUCGGAGCUGUGGAAAUCAUCCUCACGUACAUGGCGCCGAGUCUAUCGAUUUUCGGCGACUUCACCAAAGACAGCGGCGUAAUGUACAACAACUUCCGAGUGUACGGGACGAUACUGCUGAUGGUCAUGAGCUCGAUCGUGUACGUGGGCGUGAAGUUCGUCAACAAAUUCGCGUCCGUGGCGCUCGCCUGCGUGCUGCUGUCUAUACUGUCCGUGUACGUGGGCAUUUUCUACAACUUCCACGGUAGCGACAAACUCCUCUCGUGCUCGCUGGGAAAUCGGCUGCUGAAGGACGUCGACUUAAGGCACUGCAACAAAGCGGUAGGCGGCUACUUGUACAACAUAUACUGCGCCAACGGAACCGGACCGUGUGACAGCUACUUCGAAAUGCACAACACGACGGUAAUAAAAGGCAUCCGAGGCAUCAGCAGUGGGGUUUUCUUCGAAAAUAUUUUUGGCAACUUUUUGGAAGCCGGACAGUUCAUAGCCAGAGGUCAUAAGGUUGAAGACAUUCAGCCGUUAGGCAAGAACACGUACAACAUGGUAAUGGUAGACAUCACCACGUCGUUUACUAUACUAAUUGGCAUAUUCUUCCCGUCCGUAACCGGGAUAAUGGCUGGUUCUAACAGAUCUGGAGAUCUUGCGGACGCACAAAAAUCCAUUCCCAUCGGUACAAUAUUAGCUAUUUUAAGCACAUCUUCGGUUUAUCUAUCAGCCGUCUUGCUGUUCGGAGCCACCGUGGACAAUUUGCUACUUAGAGACAAGUUCGGCCAGAGCAUUGGAGGACGGCUGGUUGUGGCCAACAUCGCGUGGCCGAACGAAUGGGUGAUCCUGGUGGGAGCGACGCUGUCCACGCUGGGAGCCGGACUGCAGAGCCUCACCGGAGCGCCGAGACUGUUGCAAGCCAUAGCUAAGGACGACAUUAUACCGUUCCUGCAACCGUUUGCCAAGUCAUCGGCGUCCGGCGAGCCCACCCGGGCACUGAUCAUCACCGUGGUCGUGUGUCAGUGCGGUAUACUGAUUGGCAACAUCGAUAAUCUUGCUCCGCUUUUGGCCAUGUUUCUGCUCAUGUGUUACGCGUUUGUCAACUUGGCAUGCGUCCUGCAGACGUUACUGCGUACGCCGAACUGGAGACCUCGAUUUAAAUACUACCACUGGACUCUGUCGUUCACCGGACUCGUGUUAUGUAUCGCUGUCAUGUUCAUGUCCAGUUGGUAUUUCGCACUGAUAGCUCUGGGCAUGGCCGGAGUAAUUUAUAAAUACAUCGAAUACCGAGGAGCCGAGAAAGAAUGGGGAGACGGUAUGCGUGGUUUGGCUUUGUCGGCUGCCAGAUACAGUUUACUGCGACUGGAAGACGCGCCGCCGCACACGAAGAACUGGCGUCCGCAGAUACUCAUGCUGGUCAAUUUCAACGCAGACCUGCCCAAGUAUCGUAAAAUAUUUUCGUUGGUGUCGCAGUUGAAGGCGGGAAAAGGGCUGACGGUGAGUGCAACCGUGAUCGAGGGCGAUUACAUUAAGAAAACAGGUGUCGACGUACAAUCGACCAAAAAAGAGCUGGUGCGGUUGAUGGACGAAGAAAAAGUCAAAGGUUUCGCGGAUGUUUUGGUCGCCAAAAACACGUCGGAGGGCCUCAGCCAUUUGAUACAAAUCGCCGGACUCGGAGGACUAAAACCCAACACCGUCAUUCUGGGCUGGCCCAACAGCUGGCAGCAGUCCGAGAACGAUCGAUCGUGGCAAGUGUUCUUACACACCAUCCGUAUCGUCACGGCUGCUAAAAUGGCUCUGAUCGUACCCAAAGGCAUUCGAUCGUUCCCAGAUUCUGCGACCAAGCUAUCAGGCACGAUCGACAUUUGGUGGAUCGUGCACGACGGAGGUAUCCUUAUGCUCAUACCGUUCUUGCUGAAACAACACAGAACCUGGAAAAACUGCAAAUUGAGAAUAUUCACAGUGGCGCAGACCGAUGAUAACUCCAUCCAGAUGAAAAAAGAUCUGAAAACAUUCUUGUACCAGCUUCGGAUACCGGCGGAAGUCGAAGUAGUCGAAAUGACAAAUAACGACAUUUCAGCGUACACGUACGAGAGAACGCUUAUGAUGGAACAACGAAAUCAAAUGUUAAGAGAACUCAGACUCAAUAAAAAAGAGAGUUUCGGAAUGAUGCGUAAUAUCAUAGAUUUCAAUCGAGAAACACCGACUGGAGAGAACACACCACUGGUACAAUCCAUAAUAGACCAACACCAUAGGAAGGAUGCAUCUGAAGGAAGAUCGGCUACUAAAGUUCGUUUUCAAGAAGAAACCAAUGCAGACGAUGAAGCAAAAAAAUCAAAACCGGUGGACAGUGCAUUUGACGCGGAUGAUAAACGAUCUGGCAAUGGAGAUAAACCAGGAGUGUUAAAGGAUUCAUUGCCAAGAGAGACAAAAGAUUCAUCUACAUCAACAUUAAAACCAGACGAGGACAAUGUGAGAAGGAUGCACACAGCUGUGAAGUUGAACGAAGUAAUUGUCAGUAGAUCAAGAGAUGCUCAACUGGUUAUAUUCAACUUACCAGGACCGCCUAAAGACACCAAAUUAGAGAGAGAAUCCAACUACAUGGAAUUCUUAGAAGUUAUGACCGAAGGUCUCGACAAAGUGCUGAUGGUAAGAGGCGGAGGUCGUGAAGUCAUCACAAUUUAUUCAUAAGUAACCUGAAGCUCACAUCUCGUCCAUCAGGUACGAAUUUUUUAUACUUGUUUACACUAAUUUUAUGUUGGCCGGCAACUUUCUCAACACGCCAGGCGUCUAUCAAAUGGUUUUGUUAUUUAUUUCAAAUGUUAUUUUGUUUUUCGUUUUGUUUUUAGUAUAUUAUUAUUACGUUAAACAAAUUGU